AUGGAGGAAUCUACUGAUGUACUUGAAGCUCAUGUCAAACAGCAAUUAGAAUAUGCAAUUAGCAUAAAAGAAAUUAAGGAUAUAUUAUCUACUUCUUACACAGUAAACAUAUCUCCAGUGUUUUGCUCAUCACUCCUUGUUCCCAUUGUUCAGCAUGCCAUUCGAACAAGGCAAGAUCUGCAUAAUUUAAGCAACGAUUACAGUCAUACGAUCGCGCAGCUACACAGUUAUAUUUGUUGUCAACCUAUUCCACAGUAUACACGAAUUAUAAAUGACAGCACUCUCCUUAUACAUGACAUUAUCAAAUCAUAUAAAAGAAAGAUUAUUUAUCAGAAUUACCCUUUUGCCUUGUCUGAUCUCUCAACAGAUACCCAGCUUGAGCUCUUGAAUAUCAUGAUAAAUGCUUGUAGACUGAUGAUAGAUGAUAAGAAAACUACGCUUUUUGGCGCGUAUACCGGUAGACUUUGGAAUGAUCUUCCACAUAUUUUCGAAGCGAGUAUCUAUCAUACACCUACACCUAGAACGUUUAUCAUCUACUCUGCCCAGGAUCUCCUUCAUGCUUAUAUUAGGACUGGAUACGAUCCUGAAGACGACUUUUCAUUAGAGAACUUAUUGAUGUCCAUCAUGCGUGUAUUAAAACACAGCAUUGAGGCAAAAGCGGAUAGCGAAACUGUGGUUAAAUUACUACACUGUGUCAAUGAAGUGGUCAAGUUAAAUCCAGAUAUCAGACUAAGUGAUGCCUUGGCUUUGGCAGACUUGCUGAAAAUAUUAGCACUUAACCCUGAACUUACUGUUGAAAAGGGCCGAACCGUUUUGAAUCUGGCGUGUAUAUUGCUACAAAACUAUAUCCAGUUAGGCUGGCUGAAUUCACUCUUACAAUUCAUUGCAUCCAAUCGAGAUCAAUAUGCUCCGUUAGAAGUACUUUGUGUCAAGGCAAAUGUGUUGGUUGAACGUGCUGAAACAAUGCUGAAUGGUCAUGCUCAAGUGGAUAUAGAUUUUAUGGAUGUCGAUCAGGAUGAGUUAAGGUAA